AUGUCUAGAAGGCUGUGGUCCAAGGCCAUUUUUGCUAGCUAUAAGUGGGGUCUCUGGAACCAAAGAGAGCACAUAGCUCUUCUUAAAACUGAAGGUGUUUAUGCCCGAGAUGAAACUGAAUUCUAUCUGGGCAAGAGAUGUGCUUAUGUAUACAAAGCAAAGAACAACACAGUGACUCCUGGCAGCAAACCGAACAAAAUCAGGGUAAUCUGGAGAAAGAUAACUUGGGCCCAAGGAAACAGUGGCAUGGUUCAUGCCAAAUUCCGAAGUAACCUUCCUGCUAAGGCCACUGGACAUAGAAUUUGUGUGAUAUUGUGCCCCUCAAGGCUUUAA